GGCCGCCCCUGGAUGGACGUUGGUGUGAUUGAUGUUCCCCUGUAGAGCGUGUUUCACAGACUCUCCGCUCACAGCAGUCUGGAUGUGUUUCCGCGGCUGGCGUCAGCUCCAACUCCAGCUCUGUCCGCAGCGUUGCUCUUUCACUGCUCACAGCAAGAUAACAUAUUUGGGGAUCUCUAUUGCCAACUACUACAUUGCUCAUCAACGCUGAAAGUUACAGCUUUUUUUUUUUUUUUUACCGAUACCAUUACUUAUUUUGGGGAUAAUUAUUUUGGGAUUUUUUUUGUUAGUCGAUCUGUGAAGUUAGUUUCAGUUUUCGGUUUUCUCCGCGAUUGGGAUAUUAAGACCAGAAGACUAAUCUAACAACCAAGUCGUUCAUCAUGGGACAGAAGUCAGUCAGUAGGAGGGGAGAGACAGAGACAUGCUGGUAGUCUGUGGUGGAGUCAAGAGCACAACAAAAGCUAAAUCUCAUUUUUUUUUUGUCUAUUCUGGCAACUUAGUCUUCUAGUUAUAUAAUAGUGAACUUUUUACCCAUCAAUCGCCAUGGCCUCCAGCCUGACCUGUGCCGGUGUAAUCUGGACCCUCCUCUCCCUGCUCUGCGCCGCGGCCUCCUGUGUCGGCUUCUUCAUGCCUUACUGGCUGCUCGGUUCCCAGAUGGACAAGCCGGUCUCGUUCGGCACCUUCCGACGGUGCUCGUACCCGGUGCGCGACGAGGAGAGCCAGGCCACAGUGAUCCUGGAGCAGUGUGGGCGCUAUGCUUCCUUCCAGGGGAUACCUAGUCUGGAGUGGAGGAUCUGUACGGUGGUGACGGGCGUGGGCUGUGGUCUGCUGCUCCUGGUAGCCCUCACAGCCCUCAUGGGAUGUUGCAUCUCUGACCUCAUCUCCAGGACCGUCGGACGUGUGGCCGGGGGGAUACAGUUUGUUGGAGGUCUGCUGAUAGGGUCUGGCUGUGCUCUCUACCCGCUGGGCUGGGACAGUGAGGAGGUCCGACAGACCUGCAACAACACCUCCGACCAGUUUGAACUGGGUUCCUGUGAGAUUGGCUGGGCCUACUACUGUACGGGUGCUGGGGCCGCUGCUGCAAUGCUGCUGUGUACCUGGAUGGCCUGUUUCUCAGGGAAGAAACAGAAGCAGUACCCCUACUAGAUGAACCAGUUGGGGGAGGAGGAGGAGAGGAGGGGGUUACCCCUACUAGAUGAACCAGUUGAGGGAGGAGAGGAGAGGAGGGGGUAGCCCUACUAGAUGAACCAGUUGGGGGAGGAGGAGGAGACGAGGGGGUACCCCUACUAGAUGAACCAGUUGAGGGAGGAGAGGAGGAGAGGAGGGGGUACCCCUACUAGUUGAACCAGUUGGGGGAGGAGAGGAGGAGAAGGUGUAGCCCUACUAGAUGAACCAGCUGGGGGAGGAGGAGGAGAGGAGGGGGUUCCCCUACUAGAUGAACCAGUUGGUGGAGGAGGAGGAGAGGAGGGGGUUCCCCUACUAGAUGAACCAGUUGGGGGAGGAGAGGAGAGGAGGGGGUAGCCCUACUAGAUGAACCAGCUGGUGGAGGAGGAGAAGGGGUACCCUUUCUAGAUGAACUAGCUGGGGGAGGGAGGAGGAGAAGGGAUAGCCCUUCUCCUCCUCCUGAGAGCACCCUUAUUAGAAGAACAUCCCAAAUGGCACCCGAUUCCCUAUAGAGUGUGUUACUUUUGACCAGAGCCCUAUGGCCACUGGGGGAUAAUACUGCACUAUAAAGGGAAUAGAGUGGCAUUUGGAAGGCAUCCUAGAGGAGCCACUUGGUGGGAGGAAAGAGAAGAGACAGGCCUACAGACUACUACAGACUACUAUAGACUACUACAGGCUACUGCAGGCUACCACAGACUACUACAGGCUACUACAGACUACUACAGACUAUUACAGGCUACCACAGACUACUACAGGCUACUACACUACCGGUAGAACAUUUUAGAAUACCUACUCAUUCAAGGGUUUUCUUUAUUUUUACUAUUUUCUUCAUUGUAGAAUAAUAGUGAAGACAUCAAAACUAUGAAAUAACACAUAUGGAAUCAUGUAGUAACCAAAAAAAAGUGUUU